AUGUUGGUAGAGCUAAAUGAUAGAUUUUCAUCGAAAACAUUAUCAUUGAUGAAAAGUAUCUCCACCGUUUAUCCAAAUAGUACCAAUUUUCUUAAUAUUGAUGCUAUCGAUGAAUUUUGCUUUCAUAUUGGUGGAGAUUCAAGUGCACUCAAAAAUGAAUUUCUUGUUAUUAAACCCAUGCUUCAAUCGAAAAAAGUCAAUAAUGUUAUUGAAUUGUAUAAUGAAUUAAUUUCAANUGAAAAACGUCUCAAAAUGCACAAAAACUGCAUCCAGAAAUCAAAUUGCCUAGUUUCUCAUGAUAAUUUUGGCGUUCAGACAUUCUAG